AAAAACCCUAGCUCCCAACCACCGCUGCUCUCUCUCUCACACACAUCAGAUGAAGAAGAAGAAGCAAAAGUCCGCAGAACCUCCGCCUACCGCCGCCGCAACCACCUCCGCCGCCGCGGAUCUGAAGGCUCUGAUUCGCGAGCACUCUCUCUUCUUCGACAAGCUCAUCGAGCUCAUUCCCGCCAAGUUCUACCUCCCCAGCGACGAUGCGAAGCCAUGGUUCCAGGGUUUGAAGAAAUCGGCCAGAGAGGCCGCCAAGCAACAGACCAGAGAGAACAUCAAGAAAGCUCGCCGCGACCGACUCGACCCCGAGAAGUCCCAAAGCUCAACCCUAGAACUGCUCAAAAAAAGCAUCGAAAUCGGAAAAGAACCGAACAAAUCGGAAGCCGAUAAAGACGAGGAUGAACAGGACGGCGGCGAUGGUGAUCGGUCAGUCACCUAUGAGGAGCUUCGGCAACGCCUCCACCGCCGCAUCGAAGAUCUCCGAUCGAACCGCGGCAAUGGCGAAAGAUCGAAGUUUGAGAAGAGAGAGAACCAACAGAAGAAGAGAAAGAGCGGUAGUGAAGUGGGAGAGAAGAGUGAGAGUGAUGGCAAUGUUGGUAAAAUUGGGAAAUCUGAGGAUGAGAUUGAAAAGGAUGUGACUGAGGCGACGAAGGGGAUUGAAUUUGGGAAAGUGAAGCUGGGAGGAGAGGAGGGUGAGAGGAAGACGAAGAAGAGGAAGUUAUCGAAGGCGAAGGAGCUCGAGAGGGCGAAGAGAUUGGAGGAGGCGAAAAAGGACCCGGAAAAAGGCGAAUUGGUGGCGAAGAAGCAUUCGUGGAAGGCUGCGGUGAGCCGGGCAGCCGGGGUUAAGGUGCACGAUGAUCCGAAAUUGUUGAAGCAGAGUAUGCAUAAGGAAAAAAGGAGGCAUGAGAAGAAUGUGGGGAAGUGGAAGGAGAGGUUCGAGACUAGGGAUAAGUUGAAGGAGGAGAAGCAGAAGAAGAGGACUGAUAAUAUAUCUGAGAGGAUUCAUCAGAAGAAGAUGAGGAAGAUUGCAAAAAGAGAGAAAAAGCUUAUGAGGCCAGGUUUCGAAGGGAGGAAAGAGGGUUAUAUCAAUAAUAAUGAUUAAGGUUCCUUUACAUUAUGAAGUUUAUGCUUUUAUGUUUCGUUUAAAUUGAUCAUUUUUGUUUAAUACAUCAAUAGUUGUUAAGAACUUUCUUUCGAUAUUAGUCUUAAUGAAUUGAUGUUGUUUGGAGGGUAACUUCUAUUUGAUAGUUUGCUAAUGUUUUACUGAAAUGAGAUGGCCACUCAUGUCUUUGAAGUAUUC